GAAGUCAACACGUCACUCAAAAUCAUGGGCGAACUAACAUCAAUGGGAGCCCUUGCUGCAGUACCUUGCGUAGAAGAUAAAGAAGAAAGUUGUUUGUCAGCGGUUGUUGCUUCGUUAGACGAAAACUUCCCAAGCGAUUGGAGGGAUUGGAAGGUGUACAGUUAUACUUUCGAAGAUCUGUUUGGGGGCAACCAAGUCCCGCCAGCAAUAGAAGCAAAACUUAGGUUCGCCAUCCCUACAGUAGAUCUGGCACGAGCUUUCAACCCAUCUACAACAUCUCUGUCUGAGCGAUCAUAUAGAGCAAUAAGGAUGACCAUUCUAAAAUGGCCUCUGGCAAGAGCCCUUCUCUACGCACCACACAACUUAAUGGAGAAAAUACAUUCCCCUUCCUAUGAUUCCUUUAUGAACACUGUCAGGGAGCUAAAACCGAAACUCACAAAAAGGCGGGAAGCUUCCUUGGAGUUGGAGCAUCUCAGUCCGCAAACGGAAGUGAGGGGCCCUUCUACGGCCAUGAAAAGAUCAAUGGAGAUUCCUGUCGAAGUGCAUCAUAGCGAAGCAAAGCGUAAAGCUUAUGCAAACGUCUUAAACUCACCUGAUCGUUCACAGUCCCAUGUCGCACCAACGCAAGGUAGUAGCGAACACCUACUCGCUUCUGUGCUGAGUCAACAAAUGUCACUGUUUAACAAAAUGCUCAGCUUGCAGACGGAGCAAAAUAAAAAUAUCAAAACUAUCAUACAAAACCAGCAGCAGAGAGUUGCGUCGGACAAACCCCAGUCCUCUGAAGACGAACUUGAUAAGUCAUAUGACUCUCUGCCGGAUAGUACACAAUCUGUAGAGGAGAAAGACGACCAGCUCCACGGAAGUGAAACCUCUCCCCAUUGGUCCGACACAAGCAAAACUAAAGAAGAUAAUCUAAGAAGAAAGAUUGCCGAAGCGCAGAGAGAACUAGCGAGUUUAACGGGAGACAAGAACAUUGGUCCUACCGCUUUUGAUUUUACGCCAUCCACUAUGGAGCAAGAACCUAAAGUUGCGCGAGCAGAUCCUAUGGAUAUUUCGGAUUAG